AUGCUUCAUUUUACUAAUUCACUUCAAAAAUUAUUGAGACGACUAAUGUUUACAUUGAGUGUUCCAAUCGUCGUUGCCGGAAUAUGGCUUUCACAGCGGGGAACAACUGAGUGCGAGAGGUUCCUGGAGAAACCUGAAAUCGCGCUGGGCGUUUUCCUGAUGCUGGUCUCACUGGCCGGCCUAAUCGGCGCGUGUUGUCGCGUGUCGUUGCUCCUGUGGAUCUACCUCUUCGUGAUGUUCAUCCUCAUCGUGCUUCUCUUCUACUUCACUAUCUUCGCAUUCGUGGUGACCAACAAGGGAGCUGGAGAGGCAACAUCGGGUAGAGGGUAUAAGGAGUAUAGGUUGGGUGAUUACUCCAACUGGUUGCAGAAAAGGGUUAGUAGUACCAAGAACUGGAAUAAGAUCAAGAGUUGUUUGAUGGACAGUAAGGUUUGUAAGUCUUUAAUUUAUGAUAAGGCUAACACCCAGGUUCAACAGUUCUAUCUCCGGCACUUGUCCGCCAUUCAGAGAAAGAAUAUGAGAAUCAGAACUCAAUUCAAUAAUAUUCACGAUGGUGUUACAUUCAAUUUAUAG